AGCAUGGCCCUUCCUUCCGUUCCCUGCCACCUUUUUACUUCAUUCUUGCCCUGUAUUUAUUUUUGCGCUCUAUCCAUUUGUUCCUUUCUUCCAUUGACAUACUCAUUCCCCACUACACACUUGUUUAUCGACCCUCAACGCAACGGCUGAGCCUUAACCUUGCAGUUCAUGGCCCUUUCUCCAUCCAUCUCAGCCCUGUCGCGGCUCACCAUCGGAUCACUGCGCCAAGGAUCCACCCAGAGGCAGGGUGCCCUGCUGCGAAUGCCGCAUCGAAGCACAGCACAACACAGACCAAAAUCCACCAUAACUGCCCUACAGCUAACCGAGCGCUCACCAAGACACACUCAUCCCUGUCGCCCCCUGAGACACGCCCGCCAUUCCUCGUAUGCCUCUGCAAGGAUAUCCCCUGUCAGGCACUAUCUUGUUCCUGCGCUCGUUACGCAAGGAGGGCUUUCAUUGCUCUCUCCAGGCAUUCAUCUCGAGGCACUGAACCAACAUACUCAGAAUGCCAAGCCUACGCAGCCUGUACCCUAUAUCAAGACGGAGAUUAUCAGGGUGGCCCAGAAGCUCUCGUUCUGGAGGCGGCUACGAGAGUACCUAGAGAACAUGCUGGAGGAUUAUGUCGUGCAUCCCAUCCUGACCAUCUGGCGGUUUGGGGUGCUGGCAGUCAUUUUUCUGCCGCUGAUUAUUACCGUGCCUGCGGUGUUCAUGGGCGAGAGGAACAAGGAGUUGCAUGACGAGCGAUCAGGUGCGAUUUGGUGGUACAGUUUGCUGGUGAGGCACAUGGAGAUGGCAGGACCGACAUUUAUCAAGCUGUCACAAUGGGCCGCAUCCAGGACGGACAUAUUCCCGAAGCAACUGUGUGCCAUGCUAUCCAAGCUACAUAACCAGGUCGAUCCCCACUCCUUAGAGCACACCCGGCGGACGAUUGAGGCAGCGUUCGGAGGACGUAAGCUUGAGGACAUCUUCGACGAGUUUAUCGAGACUCCUCUGGGUAUUGGUGCUAUCGCUCAGGUCUAUCGGGGACGACUUAAGCCUGGUAUUGCCCUGCAUUUCGAGCCCGAUGAGCAGCCAGAGGAAAAUCCAACUAACUCUGUCCUCGGCAAACUCACCAGCGUCGCUAAGGUCAGCAAGGUCAGCGAGGAAUCAGGCGGACGAAAAAAGAAACUGAAGACCGAGGUGGCGAUCAAAGUUCUGCAUCCAAAGGUCCAGCGAACGGUUGAGCGGGAUUUAGCUAUCAUGUCGUUCUUUGCAAAACUUAUCAAUUGGAUCCCCAAGAUGAGAUGGAUCUCUUUGCCUGACCAGGUCACAAUGUUUGGAGAGAUGAUGCAGGAGCAGUUAGAUUUGAGAAUUGAGGCCAAGAACCUGGAGAUAUUUCAGCGUAACUUCCGGGAACGGUACACAGUUACCUUUCCGACACCACUCAUCCAAUUUGCAACAAAGGAGAUGUUGAUCGAGGAGUUUGUGGACGCACUCCCGUUGAAGGCCUAUCUGCAGAAUGGAGCAGGUCCAUAUGACUUGAAAAUUGCCGACAUUGGCCUGGAUGGAUUCCUAAGAAUGCUGAUUUUUGAUAACUUUGUGCAUGCGGAUCUACAUCCAGGCAACAUCUUUGUGCGAUUCUACAACCCCUCGGCCAACAAUCUAUUCAAACAGCUCAUAGCUCGGUUCAAAGGAGAGGGAUACAAGAGCAUGUCACAUGAGGAUGAAGCAACGAUGCGUCUCCGAGCAGUGCCCAAAGGCGACGAUAAGGCAUGGAUCCAGGAGCUGCAGAAUUUGUACGAUGAAGGAUGGCGCCCACAGGUCGUCUUUAUUGAUGCUGGACUGGUCUCAGUGCUCUCUGAUAAGAACCGGAGAGAUUUCUUGGAUCUGUUCCACGCGUUGGCAGAGUUUGAUGGAUACCGAGCUGGCGAGCUGAUGAUUGAACGGUGUCGUUCCCCAGAGACUGUGCUCGAUGGCGAAGGAUUUGCACUCAGGAUGCAAAGGCUGAUUUUGGGUGUCAGGAACACAGCCAUGUCGUUGAGCAAGAUCAAAAUUGCAGACCUGCUCGCGGAGGUUAUGUCGAUGGUACGGACACACCAUGUGCCAAUGGAGGGUGAUUUCGCCAACGUGAUCAUCUCGAUCUUGAUUCUCGAGGGAAUUGGGCGCCAGCUGAACCCCAAUAUCGAUCUCUUCAAGACCGCACUACCCAUCUUGAGACAAUUAGGUCGCCAAGACGGUGGUCGUGGGCUGGUCGAGGGCGUGAGGGAUCUUCCAGGAGGAGGUGGGUGGUGGUUAAAGAUGUGGUUCUUGCUUGAAGCCAGGCAAUGGGCGCACGAUACACUCGAGUCAACGACCACGGUGGACCAGCACCUGGACGUACUGCUCGCGCCUGCGAACUAGCCUCUGUACUACAUGUUGUUCUUGACACAUUGACACAUAGACCAAUAAAGCGGAUAAUUAUAUGGA